AUGUACCACUUCAGGAAGGCUAAAAGAGAAGGCAUUUUCCGGGCGCCUCUAGAGAGUGGACGCUCAUUCCUGCAGUCGCUCAUAAAUUACGUGCACCAGUUUGACCUUGUGCGUCUACUGCUACUGGCCGCUGGAUUUGCCUUACUCCUCCUGCCAUUCAAUAUGUACACCAUGCAAGCGAAGGGUUGGGGAUCUCUGAUGAUGAUCUAUUUUCUCGUUUUUGGGGUUGUCUCUAUCGCCACCUUCGUGGUCUGGGAGACAUCCUUUGCUCGGGUCAGUCUCACUUCUUGGGCACUCCUUCGAGAUCGCACAAUCAUCGGCUGCUGCAUGGUGGGCUUCUCACUCUUUGCGAGCACGCAGUGCCGGCAACCAUUUUUCAGCUCGUACCUCCAAGUAGUGAAUGAUCUUAACGUGACCAAUGCAAGCUACGAUUUACAGUCCGGUACAGUCGUACAGAUCAUCGGGAACAUCGUCAAGGGUGUAGUCAUCUCAUUCAGCGGACGCUACAAACCCAUCAGCUUGUUCCUAGCCAUGGCGCUCAUCGUUCUCGGAACGGGCUUGCUCAUGCAUUGCCGCGAACCCACCCGAUACGUAGGCUACAUCGCAAUGUGCAACAUCUUCGUCAACUUCGGCUUCGGCAUUCUUAUGCUCACGGUCGAAAUCGGUAUCUUGGCUGCAACUUCAGCACAGCAGUACUUCGCCAUCACGAUUGCGUUACUGAACCUGUUCUGCUACAUUGGCCAGGCCGUUGGGUAUACUAAUUCCUCCGCUAUCUGACAAGGCAUAUUCCCACAGAAACUGGCUUUACACCUUCCUACCGAGGCCUAAGGAAAUCUCACCACCAUUUUCGGUUCCAUUGAAGAACAGCUGAGCUAUGAUUGGGGUUCGCCCACUCGUCUGGCCAUCCAGAAUGC